AUGCAAAGAAGAAAUGACUCUGUCAGGCUGGUGAAUGGGACCAGUCUGUGCUCAGGCAGACUGGAGGUGAAGACUACCCAGUCUACCCAGAGGUGGUCCUCAGUGUGUGAAGCUGACUUUGACCAGCAGGAUGCAGAGGUGGUGUGUAGGGAGCUUGGCUGUGGGGCUCCUUCAGUCCUCCAGGGGGUGCUCUAUGGAGAAGUGGAGGCUUCAAUGAGGACCAAAGAGUUCCAUUGUGGAGGCCAUGAGUCUUCUCUCAUGGACUGUAAAAGCUCAGGCUCAGAUGGAAACACCUGCUCAUCUGGAAAAGCUGUUGGGCUCACCUGCUCAGAACCAGUCAGGUUGGUGGGAGGACUCAGUCGCUGUACAGGAUCACUGGAGGUGAAACAUCAGGGAGACUGGAGACCAGUGAUUGUCUCUGGCUGGACCAUGAAGGUGGCAGCUGUUGCAUGCAGAGAGCUGGGCUGUCCUUCUCCUGUUUCUGUAGAACGGAGGAAAGAGUACUCAGUCCGAUCUGUUUGGAUGAUUAGCUCUGACUGUGUUCAGUCUGGAUCUACUCUGAGGGAGUGUGCAGAGUCAGAUUCCUAUUCCUCCAUCCUUUAUAUCAUCUGCUCAGCUCGAGGGAAGAUAAUUAACUCGUGUGCUGUCAUGUCUCUCCAGGCCAGCAGGGGGCAGCAGACAGACAUACAGGAGAGCAUUGAGCUACAUGAUUAUAACCUGGGUGUUGCUGCAGUUGAAGGAGAGCCAACUGAAGAGGAAGGAGCUCAGGGAGCAGAGUAG